GGCGUGUCUAUAUGCAGAUUGUGUGAAACCUGCAGGUGCCAUGCCUUUAUAGUGAAGAUGUGGCCAUGGCUUCUGGUUCUGGCUUUUGUGAAGAAUGCUCCCGACUGCUUAAAGAAUUUACUGUUCAUUUAAGGAAGGUUUGCAGAGAGUUUGAGCAAAAAAUGAUGGACGUUUUCAGGGAACUUUCUCAGUGCACCUGCUUUAGGAGUACACCUGACGGGAGUUUACUGAGGAAGAGGACGCAAGAGUUGCCCUCUUUACACCUGCUGUAUGAUGAUGAAACUCUACUUAAUCUGGGGAAUCUACAAGCUUUGAGCAGACUUGCGACCUCAGAAAACACUGAUCUACAAAUGACUGCAGCCUUGUAUUAUUUACAUCUCAGUCAUCAUUUGAAAUCGCCCUUACCAGAUGUCUUCAUGGAGCCAGUCAUGGCCUUACUUUUAUCAACUGACCUAGAUGUGCAAAAGACUAUCUCUCUCUCCUUGGUCAAUCUGUUGGUAAAGAAUAAUGUGUGCAAAGAGUUAGUGAUUGAAAUGGGGAUGCUGGUGCCCAUACUGGAAAUGUUCCAGUCUGGUGAUGCCACCGCUCAGUCUCACCUAUGUGCCUGCGUCACCAUGUUGUCCACCUCAGAAUCAAACAGAGAAGCUGUCACUGUGGAUGGAAUAAUGCCACUGUUGGCUUUAGCAAAAUCCUACGACCCACAGGUGCAACAGAACGCCACCUGGGCUCUGUUACAUCUCACACAGUCAGAUUGGUCGACAAGGAUCUUAUGUCAAGCAGGGGCCAUUCCUGUCCUGAUACUUCUGCUGCAGUCCUCAGAUUCAGAGGUUCAGUUUUACAGCUGCACCGCUCUGUGCAACAUCGCUGCUGUCCAGAAGCAUCACCCAAAGUUGCUCAGCAUUGGGGGUCAUUUUUUGUUAAAGUCUCUACUGACACUCAUGUCGUCAUCUGUGCAAAAGAAUUCAACACAAGCAUGCAGAUGCCUAAAAACCCUUUCAAAGAAUGUUCUGAUUCAGGAGCAGCUGAUGGAGCUCGACUGUGUGUUGCCUCUAAAGGCGCUGCUAAAAACCUCUUCUCCUGUGUGGACCGAGUCAGCCAUAACGCUACUGUCUGCACUGUCGGCACACCCACCAAACAAUUUCCAGGACGUCCUGGUAAAUGAAGGACUGUUGGAUGAAAUUGGCCAGCUGCUACAUCAUCACACAUCCAGCUCUGUCAUUAUCACACACAGCUGCAAGAUCAUCACUGAACUGUGUAGCUCCAGCAUGGGACAACAGGCUGUGAUGGAAAGUCUGUGUUUAUCAGGACUCCUCAGGGCUCUUCUGUCUCAGUCCCUAUCAGAUGACAUUGUGCUGCAUGUGACGUCAUGCUUACAUCACCUCACCGCUUUGGAUCCACCUAAGUCUAACAUGUCGCUGACAAUAACAUCAGAGCAAGUUUCAAGACUUGUGAAGUUGUCGGGACAAAUACAAAAUCCUUGGUUGUCAUACAACAGUGCGGCCAUCAUCAGCAAACUAGAAAUGACUGGGGAGAUGGUCCAGUUGCUGAGACCUCACUACACUACCAUGGUGGAGUACCUGUUGGUGUUUCUCCAAAAUAAAGAUGUUAAGUUUCAGCAGCUUGGCAUAGCUACAAUAUUCAACCUCAAGAAAGAUGGAGACUUUUCGUCUCUGUUGGCUAACAGUGAGUUGGAGGCUCAGCUCUGGAAGGUGCAUGCGCAGACGGAGGAAACCAGACGGCUGCUGCAAAUGAUUCAGCCCCUUUCUCCAUCUUCUGUGAACCCUUGACUCUGUCAGCACAAAUACUGAGAUAUGUGCAAAGUGUGGACUGUAAGCAGUUUUUACAUUCAUGCACUGUAUAGACGAGCAGCAUUUUUAUAUUGUUUUAUAGUUGUUUUUUUUUAUAGUUGUUUUUUUUUUUAUAGUUUUUUAAUAUAGAGUUUUUAUGUUCAGAGUCAACAAAUUAAGUCAAAAACAAGGCAGAGAUGCGGCAUAGUUCCAACUUUAAUGAAAUAUGGCAUAUAUUUCAACUUUAACAGGUUAACAAGUGAUAGCUAUAAGCAAUACUUCAACUAUAAGAUCAAAUAUUGAUGAUCAGAUACAUUUGUUUUUAUAUACUUUUAUUAUAAUAAACCUAUUUAACCUC